CUCGUCGCCUCCUUCACGAAGGUCAGAAACUCGCCUUCCUCUCCAUCAUUUCUCGGCCAGCUCCAUCAAGGAACGUUAAUCACUCCAUUCGCCCAAACCCACGAACUGAAAUUUUGUUCGUUGCUUCUCCGCUCCGCCGUCUCAAAGGUUGAACAGGUACUUGCUAAUCGAACCUCUUCCCCAUUGUUUCACCAUUGGAAUUUCUGAUUUUGUGAAUUCUUGCAGACUUGCAGUGAACUUGCGUCGGCGCAGGGUUAGUUCAGUUCUCCCGCUUAAUCUUAACUCUAUAUAUAGGAUGUCUAGUCAACAAAUGAAUGUUAUGGGAAAUGAUGAUGGUGGUAGUUCUGGAGAUGAGGCUCAUUUUGCAGCAAUGUCGACGUCUACGGUUCGAACAAGUGUUCAACGAAAGCGACAAAGAACUUCUAAGGCAUGGGAGACAUUUACUUUUAUCCCUGGGAAUCAGUUUGCAGAUAAUAUAUCAAGAGCACAGUGCAAAAACUGUCCCAAGCUUUAUGUGGUUGGUAAAGGUAUUUCUAAUCUCACUCGUCAUAGUUUUAAGUGUAUUGGACGUGCAAUUGAAGUGCCAGUGUCGAAUGUUGGAAGCUCAAAAGCAAUAGAUCAAAAUAGAUUUAAGGAGCUAAUGGCUAUGGCUAUCAUAAAACAUGGGUAUGAAUUUGCAAUGGUUGAGCAUGGUGGACUUCAGGAUGUGAUGGCCUACUUGAAUGAUGAUUUUAAGUCAUUUACUCGGAACACUGCUAAGUCACAUUGUUUGAAGAUUCAUAAGAGGGAAAAGGAAAAAUUGAAAACUAUCUUGAGCAAGGUUCCUGGCAGGCUUUGUUUGACUUGUGACUUGUGGACUUCUUGUGAUAAGCUAAUUAAGAAUAUAUUUUAUAUGAUAUGGUUCAAUCUAAGGAAACUUUAAGUAACAUUAGAAUCUUAUGAUAUGCAGGUGAUGAUCGU